AUGAAGAGCGCACUUGCGAAACUUCCGGUUGCCGUUUAUGAGCGAGAGUCACGCGCGCCGCGCCCCGAGUGCACGUCACUUCCGUCCGUGUCACGGUGCGCGCAUCCGGUGCCGGCCUGGGUGUUCUCAGGCGCUAGCAUCCUGGACGGCUUCUGCCAGCGCUGGGAGCCACGCAGCCAGUGCCUCGAAGACGGGGGAAACGCGUUCGCCUCUCUGGCCGAGUGUCAGAGGACCUGCCAGAACACUACGCGUGCUAGUGACCGGUGUGGUGCCUUGCGCACUCGAGCCUGCCGAGACGGGGAUCGCCGGCUUGAAUACGUGCUGGGCCUCGCUCUGGCCGGCAACAACAGUACUGAACGGUUUCGCUGCACGCGCCUGCCACCUGAUAUGUGCGUCGUCGAAGGUCGCGGGUUCGCCUCGCUCGCCGAAUGCCGGGACGCCUGCAGCAGCGGGAAAACAGCGUCGUUCUGUGGUGCGGGUGCUGUGGUGCGUCGUUGCGAGUGGCGGCAACGGCGGCUGCCCUUCUUCUACGACCAGGACGAGGCUCGAUGCCUGCCCUUCAUGCAGCUGUGCCUCGCCAAGGGGGGAUUCCCCGACAGGGACUCGUGCGUGCAACGCUGCCUGCUGCUCUAA